AUCAUCGCGGUUCCCCGAGGAUCCUCCAUUUUCACGAACAAUCGAGUGCGUCGGUCUCGUUGGCGAAGAUGACUCGCACGACCCUGUAACCCAGACAACCGGUCCCCUUCGAAGAUUCACGAUCGUCCGGUCAGAUUAAGCGGUGGCACGCGGAUUGUUACAUCGUCGCGAUGGAGAGGCGACCAAACGGGGAGGGAGCCGGAGGUGUACGCACACAUACAGAGGAUAGUAGGGGGAUUUUUGUGGAGAUGGUGGUGGUUAUGAACCACGAACAGAAGACACAUCGAGCGAAAAGGGGGAAAAAGAAGGGCGGGGAUCUGCGAAGAAAGGCAGGUGCUAUAAAAGAGGCGCCGGUCCGGACGAUGGGCAUCAAACACCUCAACAUGAAGGUGUUCGCGAUUACGCUCCUCUUGGCGUUCGUAGCCACAGCCUACGCCGGUUACAUAAGUAGCGGCUGGUCAGGUGGAGGCGGUGGCUGGUCAGGUGGCGGAGGAGGUGGUUGGUGA